GCAUGCUCAGUUUGAUUUCAGUGACGCUGCUGUUGUUGUCUUUAGCCCGGUUCCAGCUGCUUCGUGUCGCUUGACAGCAGUGAUGUAGCUGUCGGCGGCGGGACUGCAGCCUGCUCCGACCAGCUACCGUCCGCUGCCGUUCCGUUCCGGGGCUCCGGGAGCUCCGUGAAGCUGCGGCGGCUCCGUUGUGGGCUAGCGGCUAAGCUAGCCUCCGGGCUAGCCGCUCGUGAACUCAAGAAGCUGGUGUGAGUGUGCGAUGAGCCGCCGUUCGUGGUUGGUGUCCCGGCCAGCCGAGUGACCCUACUCCGCCGGUGGACCCCGGCAGACCUCCGCGCUGUGCGCUCUGGGAGCGGAAGACACGGCCGCUGAGAUGUGGCAGAGCGUCGGCCUCACGCUGCUGGUCAUCGUGGCCACGCUGGUCUGCGCGCUGCUCUUCAUGCUGUUCGGCUGGUAUGUAGUCUGGCAGCUCUUCCUCUCCAAGUUCAAAUUCCUGCGCGAGCUCGUCGGGGACGCCGGCACGCCGCAGGCUGAAACUGAACCGUCAGAGUCCAAGAUGGACCGAGCGGCCGGUGGCCCGACCCGCAGCCGAAAUCGAGCUGCUCGCCAAAAAUUGGCCUCGCUGGAGAGCACGUCGUAGAGCAGCCGCCCGCCACAGAGGGGAUCCCUCACUGACGCCCCCCUCACAUCCCCACUUUAAUCUGACCAGGCAGACCUCCUGGUUUAAAGGGAAAAGCCAUCGGAGCUGAGCACGAGCGGACAUGCUCGUACGCGAGGAAGAAACUUCACUGUGACUCAGCAGAACUAAAGAGCUGCUCCAAAUGAAUUCCGGCUGUUCUUCAAGAACGCCGCCAGUCCAUUCUGACACAAGUUCUGACACUUUCCUGUAGAACCAAGUGCAAUGAAAGGAUCGCUCCUGAACGCACCCCCAUCGUCCUCGAGGGUGGGAAACCCAAUGCCUCCGCUGGGGUUCAUCUGAUCCUCCAAUCCUGCCUCCUUUUUAUAGAUUUCUUUUUUCCUUUAGGAGUCAAGAAAGCUGCUCGCUAUAGCAACCAGGCCUCCCCACCUCAGUGUGUCUGAACCCCACCCAUCAGCACUGAUUGCUUCUGUUUUCCUCAAUGAUGUUUUAAUGACUUUGAAGCUUCAGUUCAAUAAACCACUGUGCCACAA